UUAAGGAGACAGACUUGAAAUCUGUUGGGCUUCGCCCGCGCAGGUUCGAACCCUGCUGUCGACGUAAAUUUUCUUUUACUUGUUUUGCUCGAUUUUUCAAGCGCUUCGAGGUUGAGGAGGAUCGAUUACUGAGUACAGACAGACAGGUUUUUGUUUCGAAAGAACAAAGAAGAGCAAUCAGAGGUGUUUCCGAAUCCAGUGACAUUGAAAUUAGGGGGCUUCUGUGACCAAAACCCUGCUGUCCUCAAAUUAGAUUAUUAGGGUUCCUGUCAGUGGACUUGAUGAUGGAAGAGAAAGGCGUGAUAUCAAACACAAAAAGCACGCAGGAUUUGGCGGUGGAGGGGCUGAAGCACUUAGAGGACACAAUCGAAGCAGCCUUUCAGAUCCUUUCAUCCAUGAACGACGAACUCUGUAACCCAGCGUUGUGGCCCGUAGCUCAUUCUUCCAGCGGCGAUGCUUCUGAUUCGUCUCAUCACUCAGAAAUGGGUAGUGGUGCUCUUGAAGAGGCUCGUCUUCGUUACAAAUCUUCCAUUGCUUCUCUUCGUUCUAUUAUUUCCGCAAUUCCCAACUCCCGGAAGGCAAAAGCAUAUGAGGCGGGUUUCACCAAUGGCAGUUCUGAAUCACACGCAGAUCAAGCUGAAAUCGAAAAACUGGAAGAGAAAGCGACCAGUUUAAGAAAGGAGGUUGCGAAUAAGCAUAAACAUCUCAAGAUUCUUAUAGAUCAGCUUCGAAAUAUCAUCACCGAUGUAUCCACAUGGCAGAGUCCUUGUUCUGUCUAGAACACAGAUAAGGCAUUUCUAACAUGUACGACGGUUCUUAGCAUUUAGGAUAAGUACAGUUGAAAGGUGCCUGGAGCUUUCUUCUUUUUUUUUUUCUUUACGUAGCAGGUGGGAUGACAGUUGGGCACUUGGCAGAUUAAAGACAGAAGUUGACAGAUCAAUCUAGAGGCUAGGGGGUCCCCUGUUUCAUUGACGACUCGAAUAAUUUGUAGAUCAUAAUUCCAUGUUGAAGAAGUUGACAGGUCAUCUAAACUGUGCAUCCAUCAGAUAGGGAACUCAAUUGAUUGGCCACAUGUUCUAUCCCAUGAUGUAAAUCUCAACCGUGUGCCCCACCUUUGUGUUCUGUUCAAGCCUUCAUCAAGGUUUCAAUUUUCAAUGUAAUAUAAAAGGACACAUGGUAAGGUAUUUUUAACCUGGUUCUUUACAAGUUUGGAUAUAUGAUUGAUGAAAAAAGAGGGAUUAAGUACCGAAA